CUCUUCUGCCUGCCUGCCUGCGGCUAGUAUGAAACCAGCAGCCCUCCCAUGCCUUGCCCUUGCAUUCACCCCUGUUGCAAUUAAUCCGGGUGUCCAACCCCUUUGCAAAAGACGGGCCAGGAGUGCCGCACCUGCAUCCACGCUACCAAAUCCUCAUGCCUGCAUCGUGCUGACCGCUCAAGGAGUUGCCACAGCUCCCCUCACUGCAUCCUCCCCUUGUCCUCAGGUCCUGGCCUUCCCCCUGCACAGGAGGGACCUGUUCCCCAUCAAGGACAUGAGGCUGGACAUGGCACCCAGCGCCUUCGAUGACCAGUACAAGGGCUGCGUUGCCAUGAUGGAGGCCGAGCUCGGGGCGCUGAACCGCUCGGAGUUCUCCAGCAACCGGGUCUACGCCGAGGCCUGGACGGAGGCUGCCGCUAACUGGAAGGAGAGGCAGGCGGAGACCCCGGUGCCUCGGGACCUCAAGGCCGAGCAUGCCAUUGCCAUCAUGGCCUACACCAUGCAGGGGCCCCUCCACAGGGACUUCAACGCGGCCGUGAGGGAGGCAGGCCGCACUCGAGAAAACUACCUCGGCAGCUUCCACUUCAAAACCUUACAUUUCCUCCUCACGCGGGGCCUGCAAGCCCUGGGGGACACUCAGCACCCCCGGUGCCACAAGGUGUACCGGGGCGUGAAGGGCGUGCGGUUCCUGUCCGAGCGGAGCCAGACCGUGCGGUUUGGCCACUUCACAUCAUCGUCCCUGAGGAACACGAGCGCCCUGCAGUUUGGGCAGGACACCUUCUUCUCCAUCCAGACCUGCCACGGCGCCGGCAUCAGCAACUUCUCCAUAUUCCCCGGCGAGGCUGAGGUGCUCAUCCCGCCCUUCGAGACCUUCACGGUCAAGAACUUCACGCGGGCCGGGGACAGGACCCUGAUCGAGCUGCGCUCCCUGGACAAGUCCAGCUCCUACAACUGCGAGUUCGUCAAAGAGAAAAGAUGCAAGACCCAGAGAUGUACGUUCAGCUCAGCAGCAGGGGCAAGCAGUGCAUCCUGGAGCCUGCUCCUCCUCUGGGGCUUCCUCGUGGCGGCCAGCACCCAGGUCGCUCUGCCGCCUUAACCAGCACCUGCUCACGAGGACGGCUGACAUGACGCCAGCAAAACUGCUACCCCGAAUACUGCUGGCACCUGGCAUGGAGGCAGCUCCAGAGGGGUGGGAGACUCCCACCUGGAGCCGGACCCCAUGGCUGGGUGCAACGUGCCCCGUGUAGACUCGUGCAUGGUGCAGGACACCAACGCUGCUCCAGCUUCAUGCCCACCCAGGGGGCCUGGGCUAUGCCUCGCCUGGAAAGACGUGAGACCCUCAGCAGCGGCUGAUCAGUGCAACAGGCCAGCAGGAAAGCCAGCUUUCUCCCCCGCUCCUGUGUGGUGCAUUGCAUGCAGGCCUCCGCUCCGAGGUCCCUGGCUGCGA